UGCUCAGUUGGACUACAGCGGCUCGAGGAGCUGCACCCUGAGCAGCACGCGACCACACACACACUUAGUCACACACACCUUCUAGUAGUAUUUAUGUUAAUUCCCACUACAGUAAACAACAACAACAACCAGGGAAGGAACGUAGUUGAGUUCCGCACGGUCGCUGGGCCGAGUUUCUCCCAGCUGUUGGGCACCGUCGCCGGAGGAAAACCCUGCGCAUUCCUCCACGCAGAGAGAGCCCGAGAGCGAGAGCAGCCGACGCACUGGACGGAGGCAAGGAGAGCUGGAAACGGCCUCUUAACGAGGUGCACCCCUGAAUUCACCCACGAAGGCUCGUCACAGAGGUCCUGUUAGAUGUUCGGGCUUUACCCGCGUCUGUUUUCGGUGCCCUGACGUCUCGCACCGCGCCAUGAGAUCCUUGCUUUGAUGAAUAAUUUACGGUCUCUCGGUCCGAGGCUCGUGCUGCUACUACUAACCGACAGUUGGCUGCGCCCGACGCCGCCUGGACGAGCCCUAAUGGUGGACUAGAGAGACGAAUACAAGCGCAGCGAAGACACGGGCUUAACAAUUGAGUGCAGAAUAGAAUUUCCCAAAGAUAAAACACAUCUCUGAACUCACCCGGUUGCUCAUUAGUAGCGCAGAGCUCCGUAGUCAUGUUGCCGAGUCGAUGGGGGAGGAAAGACGGAGCUCCGUGUACUUCAACGCCGAUCCAGUGUCGCUCCAGUUUCGGGUUUAUUUUAUGAUCCUCAAAGAAGCACAAUCGGACCUUUUCUCUCCCCUGACUGUCCAGUGUUGUCCCGUUGCUGUGAUUCCUCUUCAGACGCCUUACUUCUCUGCAUGUAUCUUUUUUUGUUACCUCAGAAACUCUGUUUGACUUGAUGUUUUGAAGAACUGCUACCUCCCUGUUUUGUCUCAUACAGAGAGGAAUCUGUAUGUUGUCGAGCACCGUUUUCACUUUUUGAGCUGACUUAAAAUACCUCAUGAAUCUACCUCAAUUAGCACACUAUUUUCUACGCGUAACAGAUGAAUACUUAACGCUCGUCGUUGCUGCUCAUCUUGUAAAUUAUUGAGCCUGUAUUUCGUGAAUGCUGGACAUGGCGUCAUUCCCAGACUCGGACCUGCAGACGUGCCCGCUCUGCAAGGAACUGUGCGGAUCCUCAGCUCCCAUCUCCUCGAGCUCCUCUACCUCAUCUUCAUCCUCACAUACCUCAUCGUCCUCCAGCCAGACCACCAGGAGACUCCACGUCCUGCCCUGCCUCCACGCCUUCUGCAGGCAAUGCCUGGAGGGCCAGCGCAGUCCUGGGGACCCACUGAAGCUGCGAUGCCCCACCUGCGACCAGAAGGUGUCCAUCUCCGAGGCCGGGGUGGACUCCCUGCCUUCCUCCAACUUCCUCUUCAGCAACCUGCUGGAUGUGGUGGUGAGCUCUGACGACCAGAUCCAGAACAAGAACGGCCACCACCACCUCCGGGGAGGCUUAGGUGGAGGCUCCACAGGCUUCCAUCGUCCUCAUGCAGGCCUCCUGCAUUCCCACCACCUGGGAGAGCCUCAGUGCAGCUCCUGUGAUGAGGAGAACCCGGCCACCUCCCAUUGCCUUGACUGCCAGGAGUAUCUGUGUGACAACUGUGUGCGGGCUCACCAGCGCGUGCGGCUGACCAAGGACCACUUCAUUGAGCGCGGGCGAGAGCCUUCACCUGGGCCGGGUCAACUCCAACAGCAACCAGGGCCAGACCGGGGUGUCGGUGUCCCUCGCCCAGUCCCUGCAAACAACUUUGCCCUGCUGUCACUCUUCCAGGACCACAUGAGCUUCUGCCAGCACCAUGACAAUGAGGUGUUCCUGUUCUUCUGUGAAACCUGCUCGGUGCCUAUCUGCAGGGAGUGCAGCGUGGGCCGUCACAUGGGACACACCUUUGUUUACCUGCAGGAUGCCGUGCAGGACUGCAGAGCCAUCACCAUUCAGCUGCUGGCCGACGCGCAGCAGGGAAGACAGGCUGUGCAGCUGAGCAUGGAGAAGGUCCAGGCCAUGGCAGAGCAAGUGGAGAUCAAGGCUAAGGUGGUGCAGACUGAGGUGAAGGCCCUCGUCCUGAGACACAAGAAAGCGCUGGAUGAGAGGGAGUGUGAACUACUGUGGAAGGUGGAGAAGAUUCGUCAGGUGAAGGCCAAGUCUCUGUACCUGCAGGUGGAGAAGCUGCACCAGAGUCUGACCAAGUUAGACAGCACCAUCGCCGCCGUCAGCCAGGUGCUGGACGAGGGCCACCACCUGGACGUGCUGCUGGCCAGGGAGCGAAUGCUCACACAGAUCCACGAACUCAAGGUUCUCAGGGGGCUGCUUCAGCCGCAGGAGGACGAUCGCUUCAUGUUUACUCCUCCAGACCAGGCUCUGCACAUAGCCAUCCAGUCCUUGGGCCUCAUCAGCAGUGGAGCCUUUGCCCCCGUCACCAAAGCCCACGGCGAGGGUCUGAAGAGUGCGCUGCGUGGCAAGCCCGCCUCCUUUACCGUGAUUGGAUAUGACCACGACGGCGAGCCACGUCUGUCCGGCGGCGACACGCUGUCUGCAAUCAUCAUGUCUGUCGGUGACGGCACCCUGUCUGCGGCAGAGGUGGCCGACCACCAGAACGGCUCUUACACCAUCAGCUAUAUCCCCAAAUGUGAGGGGGAGCACCUCGUCUCGGUGCUGGUGUGUAACCAGCACAUCCAGGGAAGCCCCUUCAGUGUCCUCGUGAAGUCCGGGCGGAGCUACGGCUCUUUGGGUUCCCAAGUGUCAGCGUUUGGGAACGAGGGGGAGGGAGACGGUCAGCUCUGUCGUCCUUGGGGCAUCAGUGUGGACAAGGAGGGUUACGUGGUGGUGGCUGAUCGCAGCAACAACCGCGUACAGAUAUUCAAGCCCUGUGGUGCCUUCCACCACAAGUUUGGCUCUCUAGGUUCUCGGCCCGGACAGUUUGACCGUCCAGCCGGGGUCGCAUGUGACAGUCAGAGACGAAUCAUUGUGGCUGAUAAGGACAAUCACCGAGUGCAGGUGUUUACUUUUGAGGGCCAGUUCCUGCUCAAGUUUGGGGAAAAGGGCACCAAGAACGGGCAGUUCAACUAUCCGUGGGACGUGGCUGUCAACUCUGAGGGUAAGAUCCUGGUCUCAGACACCAGGAACCACCGCGUGCAGCUGUUUGCCCCCGAUGGCUCUUUCCUCAACAAGUACGGCUUUGAGGGUGCGCUAUGGAAACACUUUGACUCUCCCAGAGGAGUGGCCUUCAACCACGAGGACCACCUGGUGGUGACCGACUUCAACAACCACCGGCUCCUGGUCAUCCGGCCCGACUGCCAGUCGGCUCGCUUCCUGGGCUCUGAGGGCACCGGGAACGGACAGUUCCUGCGGCCCCAGGGUGUCGCCGUGGACCAGGAGAACCGCAUCAUCGUGGCCGACUCCCGCAACCACCGAGUACAAGUGUUUGAGCCCAACGGAAACUUCUUAUGCAAAUUUGGCACACAGGGGAGUGGCUUCGGACAGAUGGAUCGCCCCUCCGGUGUGGCUGUGACGCCCGAGGGAGUCAUCGUUGUCGUUGACUUUGGAAAUAAUCGCAUUCUCAAAUUCUAACGAAAGAAAAAAGAAAGAAAGAAAAAAAAAAAGAAGAGAGAAGUUUAUUUUUGCAUUCUCUCCCUCCGUUUGUCCUUUUUUUGCAUUUUGUUUUUGAUGAAGGAAAUGGAGGAGAGAGAAUGAAUCAACCGUCACAACAGGAGGAGAACUCAGAGAGGAUUGAGAGCACGAGGAAAUGAAGGGAAAAUAAAACUUUAACGUCGAUAUUCUCCAAAUCAGAUAUCUGUGGUAUGCGUGACAAAGGGGACCCGUCUACAAAUUGAUAAUCAGUAGAAAAAGAGCCAUAUUUCCCUCCGUCAGUCUUGGCUGCUCUGAAUCCUCUGUCAGUUCUCCUUGAGUAUCCAUCUCAGGGAAUUCCUCAAUCUUCUUGAAAUCUUACACCCUCUGCUCCACACCUACCUCAUUUAGCUCUUUAUGAAUGUACUCAUAGUCGCUGAGCAGAGGUUUUAGUGCGUGAAGUUUUACAAAGAAGAAAAGUCUAACUCGAGGUUUGUUAUUUAAGAGAGACAAAAAAAAUGGACUCUUUGGUUGAUAUUUGCACAGGAUUAAUGGAAUUCUUGCUGUGCAUUUUUUUUUUUUUAAGUGAACCUCCUGAACGUUGUUGCUGAGGCAAUACUCAGACCACUGUAGAGGCUGCAUGAUUUACUCUCAUUACACGGCUUCGCUUGGAGGGGAAACUUGGGUACAGUAGUGUCCUUGUCAUGUGUUAGAUUAGGUAUUUUCUCUCCCGCGUGUGCGUCGCUCCUCGUCUCUCUUGUGGCUCUUCGUAGUUUCACUGUCAUGGUUGUUGUUGAAGAAGAAGAAGAAGAAGAAGAAGAGUGCAAAGCCAUGCCAAACUUGAUAGAAUCAAAAUUAGCUCAGGUCAUGUUAGGACUGAUCUAAAACGAUCAGACUCUCCCUUUAGCUUUACUGGCUAAUAUAAUAGCUGAUUUGAUGAAUUUAUUGAUGAACAAAAAUAUGAAAUAUUCUGGGAAUUUUCCCCCAGAAUGGUCCCUGAAAUAAUCCCCCAAAUAUAAAUGAAUCCCAAAUGUUAGACCAACCUUACACACCCCCCCGCCCCAACUGUGUCUUAUAAGACUAGAUGAAUAUUUGUUAUUUUCGAUGAGAUAAGACAACCUGUGUUGUUGCUCUCCAGACGAUGUAUGCAAGGAGAGCGGCCUCUCGAAGAAUCUCCCAAGAUCUGGACCUAGUAGUGAUCUAAAUGUAGAGAUUUAAUCAUGUAAUUAAAUGACACCUUUUUCACGAGGCAUGCUGUGUAACAAACGCCUUGCGUGAAGACACCAAAAUUUGUUGUCGUCCAGAGGACAUUAAUGACAUCACAUCACAGACCUGGAAUCCCGGUCCUCUGGUCUUUAGAUAUCGUGGUUGAAAGCCACUCCCCCUUCGGCUCCUGGGGCCUCGUAGUCCAGUCCACUGAGGUGGGCGUCAUCACUAAGCCCUCUCUGUAUUUAUUGAUGUCUGGAGCUGUGAAGACGCCUCCAGACUGAGCGCUAGUAGAUGGAUCCCUUUAAAAGAUGGAGGUCUAUAGACCCGACUGUCAUAAGUCAACCAAAGUUAGAAUUUCUGCACAAUGGCCAACUGAUUUGGCGAAUUAAAGAAACUAAAAAAAAACACCCUCCUUUAAAUAGACUUUCUUAAUCACUGUUGCUGGGAAGUUGACAAAGCUCACCGAGUUGAGUUCAUAGCACUGUCCUCGUUAGGCUUUGAAGAAUCAAGUGUGUACUUCCACAUCCUGCCGAGAGCGGUUGGAGGAGAUUCUGUCUGUCUGUCCGCAGUGAUGUUCGAGUCGAGAACAGAUGAUACUCGCACCAAAGAAAACCCCCCUUCCCUUUAUCUCUCCCCCCUUUUUUGCAUUUGUCGCAUCAGCCAUGAAACCAUGUCCCACUUCUUAUCGGCCUGUUGGCUCAAAGUAGCAUCUCGCAUUAGCCUCUGUUUCCCGCCCCAUCUUAAACUUUCUAGGAAGUCGUAGAUUCUUACUCAUAGAUGUUGAAGAAUUGCCCUCCAGUUGUAUCCGUGUCCUGCCAGAAGCACUAAGACAAUGAAGGCUCCUCUCCUCGUGGUGAAAGAACCUUUGGGACACAACAGAAGAGUCGCUCUCGCACCUGCGUGCACAUCCUCAUAUCGCAGAGAUCCUGUACUUUGAAUGCUUCAUGUUUUCUUGUAUACCUCAACUCCUAAAUACCUCAAAGAAAGAAAAACAUGUCACUCGUAGCUACUGUGCUUUUAAACAUUUAAAUACCUCAACUUGUUACUCUUACUCUGAAUACCUAAUUUUUACUCUUUAUUUUUUAUUUAAGCAUACCUCGCCAGAUAUUUAUGCGUCACAAAAAUAUACCUCAUUCUUUUUUAAAUCUGCUUGUUUUGUUUUUGUUUAGUUUUUUACAGCGCAGUGCACGUCUCAUAGCUCUAGGACCAAAGAUCGCGCGGUACUUGUAUUAAUGAUCAUCACUCCACCUCACGAGCCCUCCGCUUUGUUCAAUCUACUGUAUGUUGCCUUUUUUAUCACCAAGAAACCAAAUAUUGCCGAUGAAAUCAUUGUGCCAAAAUGGUCCAUGUGAGACGUCAGUGCCAAACAGCACUGUUUGUUUGUUUGUUUGUUUGUUUGUUUGUAGACGACAAACAUCACUGGAUCAUUAUAUGUCAUUGAUACAAAUGUUAAAUCAGAGCGUCGGAGGAUGAAUCCUCACUCUCCCCUUAAGAGGGCUGUGCCCAACUGAUCUUUACCUCAUGAUGAUGAUGAACGUGCAGAUUCCAUUCAUACUUUUUGUUACUGUGUGCAAGCGGUGGGUGGUGGGCGGCAGGAGAGGGAAUCAUCUCUUUUAAAGAGUUCCGAGCGUCUUCUUUCAGCACAAUUUGAUGAUAUUUCAGCGUAGAUGUUUCCCGGCGAGCGCUCGGCGUUGUUCGGUGAUGCUCGUUGACUGUGGUUCAAACAAACGCAUCAGUGACAGCUGUUUUAAAGUCCACACACGCUGCUGCUGCUUUGAACCCGACAACACCUCGUUUCACCAAUAAGAUUGGUUUUGUUUGUUUUUCAGUAUUAACUCAGUGAAAUGUUCAUUCAUGUUGCAUCUGUUUUUUUUUUUGUUUUUUUAAUUAAGAUUGCAGAAUUCUAUCUUUAAGAUCCUUAGGUCUUCACUCUUAAAGAGGAAAAAAAAUUGUAUUUUAAACCUUUAUUUUGUUUUUUUUCAUUUUGUUGCAUGCUUUAAAAAAAGUUCUUGUCUUAUACCAACGUUUUUCAGAUAGGUGUUGAAAACUCAGAUGGGGUGGGUAACUGAACUGACUUUUUGGGAUGAUUUUUUACCAAAUUAUAUACCCAAAGAUGUGUAUGUAUGUAUGUCUGUGUGUGUGUGUGUGUGUGUCUCAAUAUUGCGUUGGAUGGAAUUGACCUUUCUUUGACCUUGGCGAUUGUAUUUCCUGUUCUCUAGAGGCUCUGCAGAGCAACGCGACCUGUUCAGUCAGCCGUAGCCCCGCCUCCCGAGGAACAACACAGGCAGAGUUGUGAGAUGACACUCAAGCCCUGGAUUUUAUGGAGGCUCUGAGAUCCUGUUCAGACCUGGUAUUAACAUCCGUUCUGAGUCGUGGUCAGAUUGCACUAAGUGCAGGUUUGAAUGCUCCUGAUCGGUCCCUGAAUGCAUCCUCGGAUUACAGAAACCACAUUUGAAGGUGGUGGAGAGAGAAAGAGCAAAUCAAAAUUCUGAGAAAAACGAGUCAGAAUUAAGGCUUUAAUCCCUGUAAUCUGGCUUUUUUUGUCAAGAAAUCAAAAUACAAAAGUCAGAAUUCUGAGGGGAGACAAAAAAAAACCUUUAGGCUUUAAAAAGCUUUAAUCUCUGAAUUCUCAGAAAAAGAAGUCCGAAUUCUUGCUGAUAAAGAAAGUCAAAAUAAAACAAAGCCAGAAUUCUGAAAAAAAAAACUGAGAAUUAUGGCUUUAAUCUCUGUAAUCGGGUUUAUUUACAGUUUAUAAAAAACAGAAUUCUGAGGGAAAAAACACCCCCAGAAUUUAAUCUCUGUAAUCUGACAAUAGAAACGUUCUCCUUCAGCCGACAUCAAUGUUAACACUGAUCUCCGUGAUUUAUGUUUUCUAAUGGUUUUGAAUUAUAAUUAUUAUUUUCGUGAUUCAGCAGCACGAGGAGAGCGUAUUCGCUUCCGUCUCUUUGUCGUCUUCUCCACGUCUCUUUGUGUAAGACGCGCUCACAUCGAGGCACAGACGUCCGUAUCUGGAGGGUCUGAUCUUACGUGGUCAUAGGAGAUGCAUUCAGGGCACAUUUUAAUACCAGGUGUGCACUGUCAUACUUUGUGCUGUGAUCACGGAGGGAGGACGUUGAUCCCAGGCUGACUUUGGGCCCAGAAACCUCUGCCUCUACUUUGACUAAAUUGGCCAUUUUGUGUGUUGAUCUGGGAGUUCUCAUCGGCAAAAACAAAGAACACCCAGGAAGUGUGGCGAUGGCUGCUGAACACGUGAGUGGUUGACUGCGCUCUGGCCGGGUGGAUUUUUAUUUGGUUGAUUUUCUUUUUCAUUGGGGCCCCUGUGGUUUUAUUUUUUGUCCACCAUUUUAUUUCUGGCCCCCUCACAGCUUUAAGAGAGCGAGAGAAAGAGCAGAGCUGCACAAGGUGACGCGUGCAAGGUCGUAGCCCUCAUUUUAAUGUUUGUAUAUUUGAAAGACAGGGGAAAAAAAAGGUUUGAACAUUUAGAAUGGAAAAAAAAAAUAAAACUCAGGUAGUUCUCCGCAGCCCUGCCCUGCAGGUGUCUCAUUGAACCGUGUCUCCUAGUGAUGAUGUAAUGACUUUAUCCCCACCCCUCCCCCCUCCCCCUCUUGUUAUGACCUCUCAGUACCAGUCUGAUUCUUUUUGUGUCCAUUUUACAUAUUAUAAAAAAAACAAAUUAUUUCUCAAUCUGAAAAAAAAAAAAAUAUUUUAAGUAGAUUUCCCCCUUGAUUAAUCUCUUUUUUUUGCCAUCUUACAAAUAAGUACAAAUACUUCACACCACUCGAUGCUCACUGGCCCUUUUAGAAUGUAUUUUGUGAAGAAAAGGGUUCAGUGUUGCUCUUGUGCUCACUCCCCCAGCUGCUGGAAGCCGUAUACGGCUGAACAGAGACCACGUCACAAAAAAACACAAACAAAACAACAACAACUCAGUACCUCCUUUGAAGAUUUGUCGCUAAAAAGUCCCACACCAGCAAUAUUUAAACGAGAAUCCCGUGGUUAUAGUGCAGCACCUUUUGUUCGUUUGUACGUGUAAAGCCAGCCCAGACGAUGAUGACGACAACGAACGGUCUCGUCCACACCGCUGUGUCCUGUUCUCCCAGCACCCAGCAGCUGGAUGUAAGUGUGUGUGUGUGUGCGUGCGUGUGUGGUGUUUGUGCGCUGCAUCUGUGUCGUCUGAGCAGAGAUCCACUGAAUGUAUCCUCCACAGUCCACGAGGCAGCGAGAGCCAGCUGACUUUAGAUGGAUGCUGCUGGCGCUUCCUCAUCCACAGCACUGUGAGUGUGUGUGUGUGCAACACACACACACACACACUCAGACAGUGUGCUGUGAGUGGAAGUGCGGAAGUCAGGUCUUCGGUCUAAAUAAGGCACAGGAGACAAUAAUAUAUUGGCCGCCUGCUGUUCUCUCUGUACUCUGUGGACUUUAAACAUUUCCUAUGCAGUUUUUUUGUUUACACCUAAAUAAAGUUGUAUUUCUUUGACUUCAA